GUAAGUCAUAGAAUAAAAAUAAGGAAUACCACUUUAUAUGAAGUGAAUUGUCUUGAAAUCAGAUAACUUGGCACAGUAUUUAAUUCAAAGAGAACUUUUAUUUCUUUUUAGCUGUUAUUAAAUUUUAGUCUUUGAUAUGAGAGUGCCAAGGGACACCACUCGCAGGUUCACACCGAAGCAAGAAAUGGCGAAAAAUGCGACUACCACAUAUUCUUCACAUGAGGAGCAAGUACGGUUUCAACAGGAAGUUGAUUACUGUUUGGCGAGGCUGGAAGAGCAAAUUCAGACUGUAAACCCUGACAGCCGUAAAGCUGCAGAAAUGGAAAAGGCAUUGAGGAUUUUAAGUAGCACCAAAGCUCCAUUUAUAAAAAAGCGCCAGGUGAUGCGCAACAUGUUUGGAGACUACCGUGAGAAAAUGAAGGUGUUAGAGAAGAAGAGUGCAGCAGCUAUGGCAAAGAGCAAAUUUGUUGCUGGCCCUCCAAGAAAAAGAACAUCACAAUAUUUUCGGGACAGUAAGUCUGCAAUAACUGACAUGAAAAGGCGAGGUAACAGACCCAGGAAAUAUUUUGCUGUGCUCAGUACAGGGACAGAAGUUAGGGAAGAUGGGAGUUCAUCAUCCUCAGCCUUUUCUAAUAUGGAUGCAUGCUUUUCUUUGGAUUGCCGUGUAACAGCAGCUGCAAAUGCAAGUGCAAAUUGUGGCUUUAAGUUUGUACCCUCUCCAGAGGAGUUUAGAUUUAACUUUGAUCCUUCUGGUAUGCAGCAACAAGAUUGGCAAGAUACAGAGAAAAGAAUGGAGGACCCCAGUCAAACAGACUGCAAGAAUUCAAAAGAUUUUGUGAUGAAGUCAAUUGGCAAAGAGUUUAGAUUCAAUUUUGCUCUUAAGGAAGCUGAUAACAGCACAUGAGAUGCCAAGUGCAAUUCUUAAAUAUUGGACCAACAGAGAUUCUUUGCAUGUGGUGAAUACCUGAUAGUGUAAUCUUUUUAUCCAAAAAAAAGGGAAUUGACAUAGAAAAGUG